AUGUAAUUAUUGGCCAUUUCAUUUUAUCACCCCACACCGCUGUGAUCGCCGAAUUUUCUAAAAGAAAGUAGCAUUUAAUUGUUAGUUACGUUAUCCCGUAAUAUCAUCUGCUCAGUUUACCACAAAACUGUACGUUAUCUGAGCGCUGAACGUUAAGUGGUACAGACGCAGGAAUAACUGGUCAACAGAAUCAUCGCAAUGUAUACUACCUGGCCGACUUAAGUUUGACCUUUGCGCUUGGGACGUAAUUAUCCUUCCGGUGCUGUGAAUUGUAUAUCACUCAUCAUGAUUUCGCAUUUAAUAUUCUUCUUCAGCUGCAUUGCGGCACUCCGUGCUACACAAUACGGAGACGCCACAUUAAACCAACUUGGAUACGGCAAUUCCGGAUCCAACGGAUACUCGGCUGGCUCGAGUAGCGGUAACAAUGGCGGUGAUAAUGGAUACGGCACCGGUGCCUCCUAUCCUUCAGUUCCUUAUCCUCCCAGUGCGGUAGCACCUAGUAUGCCCGGUUAUCCGUCAGCACCCGGCCCCCCUCCCAGUCCCGGCUAUCCCACGUCUCCGGGACUGCCGCCCAGUCCAGGAUACCCGUCCUCUCCUGGACUACCUCCCAGUCCAGGAUAUCCAUCGUCACCUGGACUACCUCCUAGCCCGGGGUAUCCGUCUUCUCCUGGGCUGCCUCCCAGUCCGGAUUACCCCUCCUCCCCGGGACUUCCGCCCAGCCCGGGUUAUCCGCCCAGUCCAUCUCUUCCGGGCGCUCCGGGUUUACCGCCUAGUCCGGGAUACCCUCCCGCUCCCGCGCUGCCUGGGGCACCGGGUUUACCACCAUCACCUGGACGUGCUCCGGGACUGCCUCCUUCUCCUGGUCUACCGCCUGCGCCUGCGCUUCCAGGUGCUCCUGGGUUACCGCCCGCACCCGGUCUGCCACCGGCACCCGCUUUACCAGGCGCUCCUGGAUUGCCGCCGUCCCCUGGUUUACCGCCCGCUCCAGCACUGCCCGGUGCACCAGGUCUGCCACCAUCUCCAGGAUUACCGCCAGCCCCGGCACUACCAGGAGCUCCCGGACUGCCUCCAUCACCAGGCUUACCCCCGGCACCUGCAUUACCCGGAGCCCCUGGCCUGCCGCCUUCGCCCGGCCUGCCACCUGCACCAGCAUUGCCAGGAGCACCCGGCCUUCCACCAUCGCCUGGACUGCCACCAGCACCGGCAUUACCAAAUGCACCAGGCCUUCCGCCGGCGCCCGGUUUGCCCCCGGCGCCAGCACUGCCAGGAGCGCCUGGAUUACCACCGUCACCUGGAUUGCCUCCAGCGCCCGCUUUGCCAGGAGCUCCCGGGCUACCACCGUCUCCAGGACUUCCACCCGCACCGGCCUUACCUGGUGCUCCCGGAUUGCCACCCGCGCCCGGUCUACCCCCUGCACCGGCACUCCCUGGUGCACCUGGGUUACCACCAGCGCCCGGCUUACCUCCGGCACCUGCUUUGCCCGGAGCGCCGGGGCUGCCUCCUGCCCCCGGAUUACCACCGGCACCAGCUCUACCAGGAGCUCCAGGACUUCCGCCGGCACCUGGUCUUCCUCCCGCCCCGGGUUUGCCAGGUGCUCCUGGACUGCCUCCGGCACCGGGUCUGCCAAAUGCACCUGGACUUCCGCCGGCUCCAGGCUAUCCUAGUGCGCCUGGUCUGCCUCCUGCACCAGGUUAUCCCUCUGCUCCUGGACUUCCGCCGGCUCCCGGUUAUCCCUCUUCUCCUGGACUUCCGCCUGCUCCCGGUUACCCCUCUUCUCCUGGCCUUCCGCCGGCUCCCGGUUACCCUUCGGCACCUGGACUACCGCCAUAUCCGUCUGGUGGAUACGGUGGUGGCUACGGAGGUGGAUACGGCGGUGGAAAUGGUGGCGGAUACAACUCCAAUAAUAAUGGUUACGGCCGUAGCGGUUUCGAUAGCGGCUAUGGAUCUAGAUCCAACAAUCAGUAUUAUGGUAAUCGGUUUUUUUAACGCUCUAUGGAUGAUGUUGCCCUUAUUCGCAACCUGUUGCAAAUCUGAACGCGUUUACCAGCCAUGUAAAGAAUUGUUGUACAUAGGAACCAUCGUAAAAAUAAAAUUGUUUAUUGUCGAUCACCCAGUC